AUGACGUUACAGGAUAUUCAUUCAUCUGGAUUCAUUCAUCGUAAUUUGCAUAGUGGUAACAUCUUACAAACCGAUCAAGGUUAUCCAAAAAUAAAUGAUUUGUCAUUAUCCAAAUUUAUAGAUAAUAAGAAAAAUCAAUUGCUAUAUGGAGUUUUACCUUAUGUAGCGCCGGAAGUUUUACGGGGAGAAGAAUUUACUUCGGCCGCCGAUGUUUAUAGUUUUUCAAUGAUUAUGUGGGAAAUUUCAUCCGGUAUGCCAUUAUUUAGCAACAGAAAACAUGAUACUCAGUUAGCUAUUGAAAUUUGUAACGGAAUGAGACCAAAGAUCGUGUCGGGAACUCCAAAAUCAUUUUCAAUGCUUAUGGAAAGGUGUUGGGAUUCCGAUCCUUUGUUACGUCCAAGUGUGCAAGAAAUUACAGCAAUGCUAUUCCGCUGGCAUUUUCAUUUGGAACAAAAUCGAUCUAUUGACAUUUGUAAUGCAUUCAUGAUUAGCAAUUAUGAAAAGAGAUAUUUUCAACCAUCAAAUAGUUUACAAGAUGUUACUUCUACGAUUGAAAUCAAUUAUAAUAGCCAAUUACUCAACUUUAAAGAUCUUCCUGAACCCACAAAUUUCUACACUCGAACUGGUUAUGAUUCGGGAUUUGGAAGUUUAUCAAACACAAGUAGCAUAAGACAUCGUGUCUCGGAGAGUUUGGCAAGUUCGGAUUCUUGUGACAAAUCUCCAACACGUCCUUUGUAUGUUAAUUUACUAAGAAAACAAUAUCAAUUCGAUGCAACUUGUAUAAUUUAUGCAGAACCUGAAUCUUAUUUAAAUAUUAAUUCUGACGACGAAAAAGGUUCCGAAACAACUUUCGCAAUGGAUUAUGAGAUAAUGGAUAAACCUAAACAAAUAGAACCUAUUUAUACAACGGAAAAUAUCGUAGUCUCAUAUAGCCUUAGAGUUUAG